UUUAGUGAAAUCUCGCGAUGUUUGACAGGAUCCAGCUUUUCCCAGCUAUCGAGCUCAAUAAUGGCCGCUUCUUAAACUCUCCGCUGCUCUCGACGUGGACAGGUCGGCACAAAAGCGUCACCGAUGUGUGUGUCGUCACUUUGAAGCCGCCGUUUCUACCGUUGGCCUCGCUGCUCUCCCACAAUGCAUUGCCAGAAGCUGUUGUGUGUCUCAGACAGACGGAUGUGACCGGUGCCACCUCGUCCACGUCUCAGCAGCCGAGCAGGAAGGUCCUGCCCUGAUUCAUCUUGUUCUCUGUCGUACUGCAGUCAUGUCUGGUUCUGGAGAUUUACCAGCCAUCGAGGGUUCGGGGAUGGGCGGGAUGAAGCUUCCCAUCGGGAUGACCCGGCGGGCCCUCAGCUACGAUGAUAACCUGGAGGCCCCCAUGUCCACGCCCCCUCAUGACAUCAGCAUCAACAACCUGUGGAGGCGGCCUGUCAUCCCUGAGAGGAAGUUCUCCCAGCUGGCUGAGGAGGAUGAGACGACAGUCAGCCACUCCAUGGUGCAGGACAGCGCCCCCUCCAGGUCACCAACUGUAGUGAAAUCCAAGGCCUCUUCCAUCAUCAUGAAUUCUCUCAUCACCAAGCAAACCCAGGACAGUAUGUACACAUUUGAGCAGAGGGCAGGUCUGACCGACACCAGCUACACUCCUCACAAAGGCCUCACCGCCGAGGAGACCAGACACCACCACCGCAUACCUGAGUCCCUGCAGAAGCUACAGAUCCAGAGUCUGGAGGCCAGAGAAGAGCGGCAAAACUCCUCAGCCCAGUCCACUCCAUCCAGCACCCCUCACAGCUCCCCAAAGCUGCAGCGCCGGAGCUGGUUCAGCAGCACCAGUUCAGAGAUCAGCUCCUCCAGCAGCAGUGUGGACAUGGCAGCAGGAGAGCCGGCCGGGGUCGGCGGAGCCGUCGAACGCUGGGGAGUGUUCGGACCUCGGCCUUUCCAGAAGUCCACCUCUGAUCUGGGAUCAGAUUCAACAACUGCAGAUGUGCCAGGGUCAGAUGGAGAGCAGAAGAGAUGGCAUCCUCUGUGGAGCGGUUCGACCGCAGGCUUUGCUCUGCAGGCGUACCGCGACGCCCAGAAGCCGUCUCCAAUGGAGGUGAUGAAGACUCAGGCCACCCGGCUGGCCGACAACCCCUCCGCCCGGAAGGUGUCGCCGCCCAAGAUGGAGAUCCCGACGGUGGACGGCCGACGGCAGGGAGCACGACCUCACAAGCUCAAACACCGAGACAUGAACAUCCUGACGCCCUCCGGCUUCUAGGAUUCUCCAAAAGUCUCAGAAAAUCUUCAAGUCUCCAAAAGUCUCCUGGCCGAGUGACGCUCUGAAGGUCCCAUGAAACAAACACCUCUCUGUUACACAAAUGCUCACCUGCCUCCUGCACAAAAACUCUGCUUCAUUUCCACUGUUUCCUGUAUUAUUUCAAGUAGUUAUAAAGGUUUCAACCCCCAGGUUUAUGUGGACAGUCCAUUGAAAACAUCCGACACGGUUCACAGACAACUUUGUCUGUUUUGCAGCAGUUCCAGUUGUUCUGUCUUAGUUUUGCCUUUAAAUGUCGUGAUUUUUACUCAGCUGUUGUUUCCAGAAGUCUAAUUACUUUCAAGGCCUCAAUCGCACAAACAGUUGUAAUAAACUGGAGUUAUUCUUUGUGCAAACAGCAAAGGAAGACAUUGGAUUUCAGAUUCUUCCAUUCAAAUGCAUCUGGACUUGAGAUGAAUUUCCCUUUUGUUCUCCAGUUUUUCUGUUAUUUGAAAACUUCCCAAUCGUUUCAUGGGACCUUUAGCUGCAGCUUGCCAGAUAACCACUGGACUCUCCACCAUCUCUGCCACUGAAACAAAUCAAAAUAUUCAAAAAAAGAAAAAAAGAUUGAAGUUUAGAAGAAAAGACUGCUGACAUUCCUCUCAUCCGUCAUCACUUUAACUGGGGCUCAGACAAGAAUCAUCCCAGGAAGAAAUGAGAACUUUGUCCAGCUGGAGGUGAAGAUGGUUCCAGUUUAAAACGUUUCUGUUUAAAUGCACUUUAUCCUCAUUUAUCCAACCCAACGUUUCCUAGAUGUAGACUAAACCUCCUCCAGUCUUCACACCUUGCUUGUGUCUAAAGGUCUUUUAUUUUGUCAUUCUCCAAGCAGGAUGUGCAGAAGAACCACUUCCUUGAGUGUAGUUUGGCACCAACAACGGAACAAAACUAUUCCAGAUAUAUUGUAAAGAAAGAUUUCGUCUCAGGAAAGUCCUCAGACUCCUGCUCACUGAUUUGUUUUUAAAAUAGCAGCAACUAAUUUUAUUCCUUUCGAGGAUCAGAAGAAGAAAAAAAACUGAAAGUGAAACUCUGGACUGAAACUGAUAAUAGUACUAAUAACUGAUGAUAUGGAAAAGAAGUUUGAAGGAUUGCUGUUUCUGGUUUUUAAAACAGCCGCCGUGUUCAUCAGAAAGAAGUGAACAAGUCGCCACACGUGGCCUGAGAGGAAGCGACUGAUGCCGGCUUUAUUCCAGAAAGUUCAGCGAGUUUUCAGUUCCAGCUUGUAGAAGAGAAUAUAUGCCAGAAGAUUCAUGCGAAGCUUCGUAGAAAAUGCUGUUAAAUGAAGCUGACGGUUAUUUUGCACUCUUUCUUUCCGUUUUUUUUUUUUUUUUUUUAAUGAAGUGGGAUCAGUCUGUUCCCUGGUAAUGGAUCCGAUGCAUCAAAAACAGCAGCUAAAGACGUUUGUUUCGGUGUCGGUCCGUCGUCGUUUCAUCCAGAACAAGAAGAACUCACUCUGUAGACGCUUUCUGUUAACAUAAAUCUGUUUGUUUGAAGUUUGUGAUCACAAAGUGUUGAAAAGUGUGUUCGCUUUAAAUGUGUCCCCGUCACAACACACUGUCCUCUGUAUGUACGUGACUGAACUAAAUUGUGUUGUUUUUCUAGUUGAUGAUUCUGAGAAUAAAUGUUCUCAUCAGAAAAAACACCA